GCAACCCUCACAAGCAUAAUCAACCACCGACUCCACCCGUGGACCCCACUUGCCUCCAUCACACGUCCACAUAAAUCCCCCAAAAAUUCUCAAUUAAUUAUCAAAAAAAAUAAAACGUCAAAAAGACCAUUUUUGAGAAGAACAACACAAGGAAGCACCCAUGAACCAUCACGGAAAUAUUAGUGGAAACACACACAUAGAUGACACACCCCAUGCCAACUUCGUUUUUCUCUUUGCCUCCUCUCUAUAUAUUGGACCAACCAACUACACCAACAUUUGCAAAAUAAUGCAAAAUGGAAAACCUAAGAAGACAUUUCUCAAAGAAAAAAAAAGACACAUAUUGUGUUAUUGGUCGGGUCAAGCACAAUGGCUAUUGCAAGAAGCACCCCAAACACCACCAAUCACCCGGUGUGUGUUCUCUUUGUUUAAGGGAAAAGCUUUCUCAACUAUCUUCUUCUUUUAACUCACGUAGAAGAAUAUCAUCUAUUUGUUCUUCUAGUUCUUCUUCUAUGUCAUCAUCUUAUUACUCUUCAGCUUCAGCUUCUUCAUGUGCUUCUCCAAUGCAAUGUUUUUGUUUCACUACUACGGAGGGAAAGAUUACUAGCUCUUCUAAUUCGGUCUCGAUCUUUCUGCUGAGUAGUGGUAACAAUGGAAUCAUAAAGGGUAGGUGUAGGUCAUUGGAUAUUGUUCCAAGAAAAAGAGAUUGUGAAGGUGGUGGUGUUGAUCAUCAUGGUCAUAGUAUGAGUGCCUACAAAAGUGGAUUUUGGUUCAACUUGCUUCAUCCUAGAAGUAAGAGAAUGAAGGAAAAAUAUUAUAGGGAGGACACUAAGCAGCUGGUUCGUUCUAUGUCUAUAGAAAUAAGAGAAACAAUGGCUUGAUUUUUUUUGGAAAACAUUAAUUGAUCUUUGAGAAAAGUAAUUGUUAAUUACCAAGUAUUACGUUUAUUUCUUUUA